AUGGGCCGCUCAAGCAAAAUCAAUGUUUUAAUCAGCACAAUUGAAGGAACAGGGCUCCCUCCAACCCUGUGUCUUGUCCUUCCUCCAGAUUCUCCGGUAUCAUCCCUCCGCGAUGAGCUUGACAGCCGCCUACCCACCUCAGCCAGUCCUUACUCCACCCGCUUACUCCUGACAACACUUUCGAGUCGCUGGGUUCCAUUAGAUUCGCCUCUUCCCAUCUCACACUUCCUGCCGACAUGCGACCCUGUUGCAGAUUCCGACUCCGAAGUCGACCAGCUCCAAAAUGACUUCCUUCACCUGCGCCUUGCCGUCCCACUGCUCGGUGGCAAGGGUGGCUUCGGUUCCCAGCUGCGCGCGGCGGGCGGUCGUAUGUCGAAGCGCAACAAGCGCGCGAACGUCAACCCGGAAGAGGAGCAAGGGUCGUCACGUAAUCUGGAUGGUCGACGGUUGCGCACCGUGACCGAGGCGAAGGCUCUGGCCGAGUACUUGGCAAUCAAGCCGGAAAUGGAGAAGCGCGAAAAAGAGGCGCGUCGGAAGAGAUGGCAAGAAAUCAUCGAAAUGACAGAGCGGAAGCAGGAGGAGAUUCGCAACGGGAAAAGGGGUGCGAUCUUGGAUGGCAAGUGGGUUGAAGAGAAAGAGGUCAUGGGAGAGAGGACACGGGAGGCUGUCAUGGAGGCUAUGAAAGCUGGUGCUUGGAAAGACAACUUCAUUUCGCUUGGUGAACCUAGCAGCAGCCGCACUGUUGCUAGCAGCAGUUCAGCGGAUGAGGCAAUGGAGGAGGACGAAGAGUCAGAAAACGGCUCAUCUAAGGCCACGACCCCGCCAUCAGAACCAGAUCCAGCGGCGGAAGUGAAGGGCAAGGGAAAAGAAAAAGAGACACCAAUGAAGCAUCCAGCUCCGGCUGCGAAGAAGUUCUUUGGUUUUGACGAUGACGACGAGUUUAUGAGUUCUGAUGAUGAAGGUGGCGAUGAGAGCUAA